UUUUGCUAUGCUUGAAACAGACCAGAUAAGCGACGGAAGGUGACGGCAAUAGACCGAGUAGCAUAUCGCAAUUCAGUUCGCGAUAUCACUUCUGUUACCAGCAGAAGCACUUAGAACGUCUUUUGAACAGAAUAUCGCCUCUUGAGGGGUCCGUUCUACAAGUUUAGACAAGAUAAGAAAAUCUGACGAGAAAAUAUGAAUUUUAUCAUAUUAGCUUCGCUUUUCUCCUUGGUCUUCGCUGGGAACUCUCCAAGGCUAAAAUUCACUGUUCAAGAACCAACCAGGUUUCAUUUUACAAAGCCAGAAUACUACAUGACCCUGUACCACCAGGAGGGAAGCAAUGUGCUCUACGUGGGGGGUCAGGCUGUGAUCUACAUGCUGACGUUCACUGACAAAGGUGUCAGUGACACUCAGAUUGCAGUCCCAGCAGAGGAGAAUGCAAAGGAGUCAUGCCUUUCCAAAUCUGCAAUGCCACAGACGGAGUGUUACACUUUCAUCACUCUCAUUCAGAAAGUUACUGACACCUUGGUGGUGUGUGGUAAAAAUGCAGGCACCCCAAAAUGCUGGCAAUUGGUGAAUGACACUGUGCUGACUGAAAUAACUAAUGGGCAGAUUUCAUCAUCUGAUAUCUCCCCGCGCUUCCCUUCUCAGAGAUCUGUUAGCCUGUCAGCGGAUGGAAGUCUGUAUUCUGCUCUGUCGGCUGUGGGGAACCAACCGGGCUCAAUCCGCAGGAUCUUCGGUUCUCGCAAGCUACUGAAGACUGAGAGCAAAUGGUUACAUAAUCCUCAGUUUGCUGGGGCAGCAAUAAUCCCAGGGUCCCAAAAGGACAAAGAAGAAAUCUACUUCUUUUUUAGUGAGAUCAACAAUACAGCUGGAGUUGAUGAGCAACCAUAUAGGGCCCGCAUUGGACGUGUCUGCAUGGUGGACGAGGGGGGCAUUAAGAACAUGCUAGCAGACUCCUGGACAACCUUCCUGAAGGCACGGGUGAUGUGUGGAGUGGGCUCCACCCCUCAGCAGUAUAACAACCUGCGCCAGGCCUUUGUGCUGACUGCGCAGGAGAGGAGAACGGGCGUGAUGUACGGGCUGUUCUCCAACUCCUGGGACACCACAGUGGUGUGUGCCUACUCCAUUGAAGACAUUGACCAGGCUUUCUCCACCUCUAAGCUGAAGGGCUACAGCAGCCCCCUGACAGGACACCGCCCUGGGACAUGUGUCCACAAGAACGUGACAUCGUCACUCGGCGUCAAAACCCUUGGGGUGAUAAAGGACCAUCCGGAGAUUGAGGAUGUCAUCACGCCAGUUGGGGAAGCACCUUUGGACCUGCCCACUGAUGACCAGUUUACCCAGACAGUUGCUGACACAGUUCUGGCGGUCAACGACGAGCAUUACAGUGUGUUGUAUCUAGGAACAGAAAAAGGGAAAGUCCUGAAGGUUCUUCACACCAUAGAGGAAGCUUUCAUCAUCUCUGAGUAUUCUUUGUUCCACAAUGAGAGUCCUGUCACUGCCAUGGCUAUUGACUCCCAGAGGGGCCAUCUCUAUGUGGGCCAAGCCAUGGAGGUACAGCGUCUCCCACUAGCCGACUGCCGUCGCUAUGGUGACACUUGUCGGGAGUGCAUUCUUUCACGCGACCCCUACUGUGGGUGGGAACGAGCAAAGAAGAAGUGUACCGCCAUCCCUGCUGGCUACAACAUCAGCACAGGUACAAUCCUCCAGAGUCUUGACCAGUCCAAUACGUCUGUUUGUGGAGAGGCCACAGCCCUGAAGGUUCGCAGCACAUCACCAAAGGAGGUAGUGGUGGACUCGGAUGGGCCGGUUAUGCUCCCCUGUCCUGUGCGUUCCUAUCACGCUUCCUACCGCUGGGAGAAGGAUAACUGCAUUAAACGCUACCCCUGCUCCAUCUCCGGGGGCUCCUGCGUGCUCGCGCCCAGCCCAGACCUGCCGCUCGAGGCAGGCAUCUUCCGCUGCAUGUCCCUGGAGAACGGCUACAAAGAGGAGGUGGUCUCCUAUCGGCUGGUCUUCAAUGGCGGACCCCUCCCCGCCUCCUUUGCCUCUACACUGGCUCCUUCCCUCCUGCUGGCUGCGGCCACGCUGUGGCUGAUGUAGGCCUUCAGCCCCCCCCCUCCAACUCCCCCUUCCUUCCCCUCUACAAUAUGUGCCAUCAGUGGAGUCAUGAUGCCUCGGUCAGGUUCGCAGAGCACUUAAACAACAGCGUUGGGAAACAUGUCAGCAAAAGAAAAAUGCCUGUUGCAUGCUGAGAUUUUUAUACUGUAACUACAAGUCAUGUCACACUUCACAGUGCAGUCAGUUGUUCUUUAACAAGGACAUAUUUUUACUAAAUUGCCUUAACAGCAAUCUACCCUCAGAAUAACAUCACUACAAAGCAAUAGGAUAGGGGUGUGUGUGUGUGUGUCUGUAUGUGUGUGUGAUUGUGUGUGUGUGUGCUUAUACACAGUUGAAACAAAAAAGACAAACACUAACAAUUUUAUCUCCAGGCACAUCUAUACAGUAUAUUCAAAGUUUUGUUUUGAUCCUAUGAACUUACAUCUACCUUCUAUGAUAAAAGAUUUGAGAAGCUGGCAUCAGUUUCCGAUUGUAAUGAGUGCUUUGCGAACCAAGGCUUUCAGACUCAAAUGAGCCAAUUUUUUGAAGUUUGGUGAAGUAAAUUGCCAGGCUGAUUUGUUUAUUUUAUUCUGUUGUUUUUUGUACAGAUUUAGAGUUGACUGUGCCAUUCUGUGUAAAACGUACUGCUGGAAUGUUGCUCCAAGACAAAUACGGAAAAAAAAAAACAAUCCUGUUGAAAUUCAUAUAGCUAUAUAACUACACGCAUUGAAAAAAAGUAAGAAGCCUUAAUAUGUAUGUUACAUACCUACUAAGCACAAAAUGCAGUAGAGCUCGGCAAAGUCUGCCAAAAUAGGCUUUGUGUGUUGCGCACAGCCUGAACAAGAUCCAGGGCAGGAGUCCUAUCAUCAUGAUUUAGAGAAGGUUUACUGAUAGAAAUCUGAGAACUCACUCUGUAGCUGCAAUAGGUCAGCAUGAGGCUUGUGCCUGCAAUGCAGCCCUCUGGUUUUUUGAUGAAAAUGUACAGUAAUUCAUACAUUAUGGCAUUUCCGAUAACCCACAUGAAACACUGGUUAAAAGGCAGCUGAAGCCAAAUAUGUGUAGAUAACAUAAUGAUGUGCAUUUUGUUGUCACUGUGAAAAGUGACAUGCAGUUAUACGCUAUAAACAAAAUAUUUUAUUUAUUGCAGUGCAAAUGCUCACAUUGACCAUUGCUAUUUACUUAUCCGAUGCUUAUAUAUAUAUAUAUAUAUAUAUAUAUAUAUGUAUAUUUCAAAUUUUACAAUGUUGAAGCUAUCAAGAAUAAAUGAGAGCUAAAAAACAGUAUGCCACUGAAUGUGACUAACUGAGGGGAAAUCAGUGCAUAACACGAUACGACUGAAAUUGUGAUUUUAUAAUUAUGUCUAUUAAUAUUCUGAGAAAAAGGCUCUAUAAGUUUCAACAGGAUUCUUUUUUAGGAGGAGCAUGGGAAAUAGCUGCUCUCUGGAGAGAAAGACUACAGCCAGGCACAUUUAAUAGAUGGAUAAAAAUGGAACAGUACUUCCAUUUGCUAGUUAUCCUCUUUUAUAGCAUCAGCCCCCAAUGGUCUGUGUUAAAUGUAUGAUAUGCCAGGUUUCAGCCCAGCUCUUUCAUUGUGCAGGCAGCAUUUGUUAAUCAUCCUGGCUCCACUUAAUACAAGGCUUUGCUGAAUCUGUAAAUCAAUGGAAGAUUAUAAUUUAUUAAUGGACUUAUGAGUGUCAUAGAGCAUUAGAAACAGACUCAUCGUUUGGAAUCUAUCGCUCAUUCAUGGACUAAAUCAUUCACCCCAGUCAUUCAUAGAAAUUGGCAUAACCCCACUAUGUGCCAAAUGUGUUUCUUAAUUAAAUUUUUCAACAUGCUAACUGUACGCUUAGUGCACAUUAUAUGCUCUAUUGAUAUCUUUUUAUCUUAAUAUUUCUACGCUGCUUUAGAAGAUGGUAUGACCCAACUAGUGCCAAAAAGACCAGCACUCUUGCAGCUGGAUUGGUUAGGAAAGGCACUAGGCACACUGACUGUCUUUCUCUCUGGUGUGGGCCUUGUGUUGCUGUGUCUCUGGUGUGGGUUUCUCACACAGUUAACUGCACUGCACUGAGGCAGCCAGUUGAUUGUGUCAAACCCAUACUAUGCUGAUGCCUCAUCCGCCUGCAGCUUCAAGUCACUUUGCCUUCUGUGCUUGUCUACCAAAUUGCUGUCAUGCUUUUGAUACACACACACACACACACACACAUACAUGCAUAACAUGUACACAAUACACAUACAUACACACUUGCACACGCACACACAACACACACACACAACACAUGCUCACUUGUGCCCCACCCUCACUUCCCACAUACAGUCCAGAAUGCUCAGUGUUGUUUGUGCCAUUUUAUUCUGUGUACUGAGCCAAUGUUUCUAAAGCUGUGAAAUGAAGAUACUGUAAGAGAUCUGCCAACGUGCAACUGGCCUACACGGCCAGUUGCGAAGCCUUACAUGCUUUUCCAAGACAAAGAUUGAGAACCUGUUUCUGGUAUUACUGUAGAGGUCAGAGACAAAUAAAUUAAUAACACAACCUUCAACAAUAUAUUAUAUUCAGUUAACCUGGUUUCGUAUAAUCUGGCAGGAUAUGACUUGUGACUGUGUCGAUGAUUCAGCUAUUGAGAUGGGGAGAAUUUCCCAUGAGCACUUUAGUUGUGUACAGAUUCACUCACAUAGCUGCAACUAUUUACUUUUAUAUGUAUUACAACAGGCUAGCCCUUGCGAAUAUCCCUGUCACUAGUGCCCGCAUUUUAAAUUUAAAGGGCAAAUUUCAGUUGAAAUCUCGCCCGAAGACAAAUAUUAUUUUCCUUCACAACUGUGUAUACCAGGCAGGCUGAAAUACUGUGAGAAGGUGUAUUUUAGACAUAUUUAGUGAAUAGGAAUGGACCGAUGACUGCUCUCAAAAAGAUGGUCUAUACAAAAAUGCCAACGUGUGCCAAAACCAGGAGGUGCCACGGGACGUAUUUACCCCCAGCUAUAGUUCAACCAGCUCUACUCUUGUAAAAAAAAAAAAAAAAGUAAUAAAGUCGUGCAGAACAAUUGCCACCCAAGAUAUUUUAUUGGCCUCUU